AUGAGGGAGAAGACAAAUGUCAUGGAUCUUGUUAGGCAUGUAACUACACGUUUUGCUACAUCUUUUCUCACACUGUCGUGUUUGUACAAGCAUAGGCAAGCUUUGAAAGGUCUCUUUGUGGAUGAGGCUUGGACUAGGUCUCAAUUGUCAAACACGGAGAUAGGGAAAACAAUAGCAGAAAUUGUUCUUUCCAUGGCAUUUUGGGGUUCACUUGAAGAUUGCAUUAGAGCAGCACAACCACUUCUCAUUGUCUUGAGGAUUGCAGAUGGUGAUGAGAAGCUGGCAAUGCCCGAGAUUGCUGCAAGCAUGGAACUUGCAAGGCACAAGAUUGAGGAGGAUUCUUUGAUAUUCAAAAAGACCCUGCAAAUAGGAAAAAAAUGUGGUAGGCUAAGGCAUAUAUUCAAUGAGGUGUUGUGGAAGAUGGAACUCGAUGAAGAGAGGCAAAGCAAGAUAAGUGCUUUGGCUGAUGACUAUGAGAGGACAGAAGGUUGCUUCACAAUGAAAUUAGCAAUCAAGGACCGAUCAGCAAAGAAUCUUCGUAAGUUUCUUGCAUUUAAUCAUUUAAUGUUGAGUGUUGACACCAAGAUAACUUCUUCUGUUUUUUCUUAUAUAGUUCUUUGGUGGGGUGCAUAUGGUGGUCUUGCUUAUGGGCUCCAAUCUUUAGCAAAACGCAUCGUUAGUCUUUGUACCUCGGCCUCCGGAUGUGAGAGGAAUUGGAGUACAUUUGAGUUCAUUCACACCAAGAAACGGAACCGGUUAGAACACAAAAGAUUGAACAAAUUGGUGUACAUUUCAUAUAACCGGAGGAUAGCAAGUAGGUUCCAAAUGUUGCGUCAGGAAGGAUCUAAAGGAAAGAGGUCUAAUCCAUUACUCCUACAGGAGUUUGACUGGGAAAAUGAGUGGGUUGAUCAGAAUGCAGAAAAGGUCCAUGAAGGGGAAGAUCUUACUUGGGCUGAAGUUGAUGAAGCUGCCGGUGCAUCAGUUGGUGCAAUGCAUAACCUUCGGAGUCGCAAUUCAAAUGCACCUAUGAUAGCUCAAGGAGCUGGUCCAAGCUGUGUGAUAAAAACUUAUUCUCGGAACCGGCAGCAUAAAAAGAGGAAUGAAGCCUUGGAGUUGGAGGAGCCCGAAGUUGACGAGAAUGAGGAGGAAUGGGAGGAUGAAGAAGCACAUGCGGAGUCCGAAAAUGAUGAUGAAGAUGUUGAGGAUGAUUUUGGAGAGAGUCCAACAAUCAGUCCUCAUGACAAUGAUGAUGGAUUAAGCGGUGACAACAAUGGCCUGCAUGACAUGAACGAUUUCGACUUGGAUGAUUAA